GUAACCGCUUUGCCUCAUGCACUGCCGCUGCUGCUCUGCACUUGAUUGGAGAUACCUGCUGUGAACACCCGAGGAGAGACCACAGGAGCCACAUCUGGGGUCCCUGACCUUUCCCAAAUUGGCCUCUGGGGGAGAUCAGAGCUGAGAAGCGGUCACAGGUUCCCAGAGUGGUUACCUUCACCCCCUGGGGCUGGACUCACCAGACGAGCAGCUUCCUCAGCUCCUGUAGUGACUCUUCUCAUUGGCGAAGAUUCUUCCCUGGUUCUCUCCAGGUGUACACAUUGCUUUGAACUGGAACGAAAGUAGAAGCAUAGUUGAGAGCCAUGUUGUCCCUUGGUGUCAGCAAAGAUGGUGUCAUUCCACCUACUGAGGAAGAUCGCAGGAAGAUCAUCAGGCAGAUGAAGGUGCGCACCACAUUAAAAGGGGACAAGAGUUGGAUCAACCCACAGAACUCAGAUUCUGAGGAUGAAAGAAAGAGUCCAUUGAAACCUAAACCACAGUCACCUUUUGCAAAUGGCCAUUCAGACAAGUGUCCAGGUUCCAAGCCUCCCUCUGGUUACCUUAUCAGAGGAGUUUUCACCAAGACUGUUGAUAAGACUCUUCCCCAGAUGACUUCCCCUUCUUUUAACGGAGCACAAAAAAGCACUGCAGCUAAGAGUGCCAGCCUCCCCCGUGUCUCCUCCAGAUUCAAGAUGACAACUGAGGAUUACAAGGAACUGGCUGCGUAUAAUGUGAAGCCAACAUCAGCAGAUUUAGAUGAAGAGGAGCUACCUUUUAGUCCAGAUGAACACAAAAAGAGAACAGAGGCAGCCAACAAUGUGCUGAAGCGCACAGCUACUAAGGAGCGUGCUUAUGUCCUGUCAGCUGCCAAGAAAAGCAGUGGAAGUCCUACACAAGAGUUGCCACCUUUAUUUGCCAAGAGAGUUGAAAUUGAGGAGGAAGAAAUGCCACACCACAAGAGUCAGAGUUUAGCUGCUUCAUCAAGGUUUAGUGCUGGUGACAUCAGUACUAAUAGGGUGAAAAAGAGCCCAGCAGAAUCUCCCUGUAAUGAGCCAAGGGCAAAAACUGCUGUUUCUACAGAGAGCACUGAUGCAGGCAGUAAAAGCCAAACAACCAGAACCUGGAGUGAAACUAAAUUGAGGAGCUCCAUUUCUACUGAUCGCAGAAAUGGUGAAGACAGACAGGCCCCUAAUGAGAAGUCCUCAGCAGAAAUCAGGUCGCAGUAUGGGAAAAGCUCUACCUGUGAAGAAAGUGUGAGCAGUGCCCCCCAAUCAAUGCCUCCAAGUGAAGAAAAGUUCACAGCUACUACAUCUCUGACGAAAAGUGACUACUUGGUUAAGGAGGAGCCUGAUCUGAUCUCCUGGGAUGAAUUGGUUACCAUAGCCACAACCUUUUCUGCAAGUCAAAGGUCCAGUUCCCAUUAUGGGAUUGGUGCUGCUGAUGCUACAACUGAGCUGCGCCACUGGUACAAAGUCCCUGUGCACCUGGAGGACACAAAUUCAAACCUCACAAGGUCCAGCUCACAGUCUGCGGAUAUCCCUCCACCUCCUAACGACACCAGAUACGAAGUCCCUGAACAUCAGAAUGGUACAGAAUAUAAUAUUAAAAGAGCUGUCCCAGAUGAUGAGGAAAGAAGCAGCACCCAAGAUGCCAGAUACAGGAGUCCUAGAGCCACAGAACAUGAAGAACCUGAUCGGAAUGGCGCAGAGCUGAGCACUUCUGAAAGAGAGAGCAGCACUAUUACCCAAGAGGUUCGAUACAAAGUCCCUGUGCAUCUGGAUGAUGAAGAAUUUGAUCUUAAAAGCUCUAUCCCAGCUUAUGAAGAGGGAAGCACUAGCAAAGAGAGAGGACAGGAGAAGACUCAAGCAACAGAUUACUACACAGCAGAAAUGAGCACAAGAGGGUUUUCCAGUUUCAGGAGCAAUACUGAAGAUACUGAGAAUCUGAAAGUACCUGCUACAAAUGACACUCAAAGUGAGCCUCUACCUGCCAGAAAGCAUGCUAAGCCUGACCCAAACGUGGCAAAAUAUAUCCCAGUUAACAAAGAGAGAAGCAUUAGCAGAGACACAAGAUAUGAGAGGUUGACAGGGGCCAAUGAGCAGAAACUAAGCUUAACAAACAGAUCUAGCCCCACAUCUAGAGACAGCAGCAUCUGUACUUCAGAGAUCCAACAUGUAGAGCACAAUGAACCUGAUUUGAACGUGUCAAGGACUUCCCCAGCUUAUGAAGAGAGACUUUCCACCCCAGCGGGGACCAGUCAUGACAGUCCUAGAGCCAUGAGUCACAAUGAGCCUGAUCUGAACACAGUAAAGUCCAGCUCUUACUCUAAGGAGAAUGUUGUCAGUACCCAUCAUGUGAUGUCCUCACAUAUGGACAGCCAGAAACAAAAUUUCAUUAUGUCAGAGCCCAAUCAAAGGAUAUCAUCCUACCUAGAAAGAACAGUAUACAACGUUGGAAGGUCUGUCCCAGAUUAUGAAGAAAGUAGUCCCAGAUAUACCAGGUAUGAGAGCCCACCUGCCAGCAGGGCCAAUGAUUUUGACCCUGCCAUGGAAAGCAGGCACUACUCCCAUCCUAGAGAGAGCACUGAAACCAUGUCCCAGAGAAGUCACAGGGUGCCAUUCUAUGCAGACAGCUCAGACUACAAUACCAGAAGGCUUCCUCCAAACUCAAGUGAGAGGCCCUCCAUCUCUCCUGCCACCUCUCAUUACAGCAGUUUGUUGGCCAAAAGGUGUGAGUCUGAUCCCAACAUUGCAAGCAAAGGGAUCCUCUUUGUGAAGGAGUAUGUGAACAGCAGUGAGUUUUCAUCCUCUCCACGCUACACGAGUGGCAGCUUAGUUGAUUUGACUGACAGAGAGAGAGCAAGGUACAGUAACACCUGCUACCAACACAGUGGUGCCCCACGAAGGGCAGUUGAUAGAAUCUGCACAUACUGUGGCCGUGAGAUCCGAGACUGCCCUAAGAUAAUGAUAGAGCAUCUCAACAUUUGCUGUCAUGAAUACUGUUUUAGGUGUGGAAUUUGCCAUAAGGCAAUGGGAGACCUCCUGGACAAAAUAUUCAUUCAUCGUGACAUUGUCCACUGUGAUAAAUGCUAUGAGAAGCUUUUCUAGUUUUUACAGAGCUGUAGGAGCCAGCCAGUUGGAAGACUUCGACAGUGUAUGUCAGAAUGCACCUAACAGUUCUUGACUUGUUAAGAUAGCAAACCUCUUUUUCCCUACUUUCCUGAAGUUCUUUUUCUCUGUUGUCACCUCAUCACAAUGAAUGAAUUGAACAGCCACUAGUUUUAUUUUGUUUGCUGCACACUAUACAAAUGCCAACAUUAAAAAGAAAAGGCAGUGUCAUCUACAACAGCUAAGUGCCAUGGUUCUUCAAAUGGCACCUCCUGCUGCCAUUCAUUUCCAUAGGAUCUGUGUAUACUCAGCACUACAAAAAUCAGGCAGAAACUAUUUAAGGCUCUCAAAAACUGCUAUUCCUUUUUUAUUCUUUUGUUUGAUUUUUACAAGUUGACUACAUCCUGGUUUGAACCUAAUGACAUAAAACAAGCUACUUGUAGAUCUUAAGGGUGUAGAAGGCCAAGUUCAGGGCCUUGGAAAGAUCCAAAAUGCAGGUGAAUCCAGUGUCUAUUUACUUCACUCCCAUAUUCUGAUUACAAGUAUUGAUUACCUUCCACUCGCUUGUCAGAAAUAUUCUGAAGCACUUGCAGACUCGCUUUGCAUAACCAUGUGUCAGCUUUAAUUUCCCUUCCUCUCCUUCUCCCCAGUUGAUUUUAUCCUCAGCAAGCAUGUGUGCUCAAGGUUUUGGAGUGCUUGCACUCUUUUCUACCUGGAAUUCUAGUUUGAUUUCUGAGGGGGUGGUUUCUGAUUGCCUUAUUGACCAUGCCAAGGGACCAUGCUUUUCAGCUGACCUUCUUUACAGGGGGUGUCCCUUAUUUUAAAUCUAAAUUUACCUCUGCUUGCUAAACCUGAUGAAUGUCUCUUUUUAUUACUGUACCUUAUUUAGAUCAUAAAUACUGACUUACAAAAAGUUACAACAGAUGUACGUGGUAUGUCUACACAUGCACUUUAAUGUGCAUUAGCCUAUUUUAAUGCACAUUAAAGCAUCAUGUAAAAACCAUGCUUUUUACAUAAUGUGCAUUAAAAUAGGCCAAUGUGCAUUAAUGCUUUAGUUAGUAUGCAUUGAGCCAGGGUAAGGCUCAUUAGCCUGAAUACCUCACAGUGGAGGUAACUAGAUUUAAUGUGCAUUAAUGCACAUGUAGACACACCCAGAAAAAAUGUGGAUUUCUUGUAAACUUAGCUCUCCCAUUUAGCUUUGUAAGGUUGAGAGCUAUGCUGGGGUUCUUCGACACCAAAACCUCAAAAGUUAUGCUUUCUGCCUUGAAGUAUAGCUGCAAGUACAGCCAAAGAUUUAUUGUUUUAUCCUAGAAAACAUUAGAAAUAGCUGCAAAGCAAAUAAUCUAGAGCCUGUGUCAUAUAAUAGCUUGUGUGUGGAAACAUGAUGGCAAAAGCAUUAAUUGAAAAAUUAUUAUUAACCAUGUAAUGCUGUGAGUGAUGGAGACUGGUAUAUAUAAGAAUGCUUAGCAAUUUAGUCUUUUCUAUAGAACAAUACCUCCUAUUGAUUUCAGGCAUCUCUGUCAGUUGUUAACCAGACUAAGGCAUGAUCUUGUAUUGGGAUGGGCAAUUAUUUCAGGCAGAGGGUCGCGUAAUGAAGUUUGGUGAGCUGUCAAGGGCUGCAUGGGUAGACCACCCCUUGACAGGUGCCCCACCCCUGGCUGCCAUCUUAGGGCUGGAUGUCCCACCCAUAGCCCCUGACUUUUGCCACCAGAAGUCCCUACCUUUUGGGGGUGGGAGGGGUGCCAUCUUAGAACCAGAAAAAACCAAAUCAUACACUAAAAGUCAAACACCUACUAUAACAUAUUUUAAUUUUAUUACAAAAAAUACUUUAUCAUGAGUUGUGUUUGUAUAUUGUAUAUAGAGGUGAUUGCAUAAUAACUCAAAAUAAAUUCUUAGUCUUAUAUUGUGUGGGAGUGUGUGAUGGGGUGUAUAGUGAGGU